GCAUAAUGCAAAUCAUAUUAUAGUUUUAAAUAAAAUUUAGCAAAAUCAUCAUAAUCAUAAAAACAAAGCAAUUAAGGUGAAGAUGGAAACAACAGUUCUAAUCAUGUGCUUUUUUAAUUCUUUGUUCAUAGCAAUUUGUUACUGCUUUAACAAUCCAGUGCAUGCUAUUGAAUCACCAAAGUAUACAGUGAUACAAUCUGAAUCAGAUUUUGAGAUCAGAUUGUAUAACGAAUCAACGUGGAUUUCUGCUUCAUCUUCACAAACUAAUUAUUCAUUCGAGCACUCCACUGAAACCGGAUUUCACAGAUUGUACCAAUACAUUCAUGGCGCAAAUUUAAAUUCUUCCAAACUUGCAAUAACUGCUCCAAUCUUAACAAAGAUUCCUUCAUCAACAUCUUAUGGGGUUAACUAUAUUGUAAGAAUGUAUGUAUCAGCUCAUUUUCAAGGGAAACCUCCACAGCCUAAUCCUGAACUGAAAUUACAACUUGAAAAAUGGAAAACUCAAUGCAUAGCAGUUAGGAAGUUCAGUGGAUAUGCCAAAGAUGAUAACAUUAACAAAGAAAUUGAAUCUCUUGUUAGUAGUUUAAACAAACACUUAGAUGGAACUUCAACAAUCAUACAAGAUACAAGCUCGUAUACCAUUGCGCAAUACAAUGCUUCUUUUCGUAAUACUGAGAGGGUUAACGAAGUAUGGAUUAAAGUGUCGGGAUUCAGAACUGAUUGCUAAGGGUAGUGAUUUGGGUUCCCUGCACUCACUCGUCAUAUGAUCUUAAUUAAUCGAAAAAUUAUACAGUUACUGACGGUGUGAAUGUGUGAAGUCAGUUCAAUGUAAAAUAAUGCUCCUAUUGAAAAUGUGAUUUGCUAGUGUAGAAAUCUCUACGUUUUUGAAUUUAUAUUUGAGAGCAUGAAAUUUUUAUUUUAUUUUUGCCAUCUUUACUAUAGUAAAUGUUGGAUUUAUAUGAGUUUCACCUUGAAAGUGGUUAUGGUAGUGCAACUAGAUAAGAUCAACUUAAAUUUGGA